AUGUUAAGGAAUGGAUGGUUUGGGAGCAGGGCUCUAUGUCGGACAUUUGCAUCACUUCGUGAAAUGGCUGGCCCGAAAGAUCCGAAACUCUUGUAUGAGCCUACAUUUCCGGACACGCGAGAAUAUCCCGAGUACGAUACACUAAAUGUUCGUAUUCAAGGAUAUGACUUCACUCAUAUUGAGAAAUUUCAACGUUACGUUGACAGAAUGGCUCGGCGAUUCAAAUUCAAUGUAUUGGAUAGCUACGCGGUCGCCGCCCAGACACAACGAGUCGUGGUGUACAAACCAAAUAGCACUAUUGUAGAUAAAGAAGUGAAUUUAGCAAUAUAUGAUCGAGUGGUUCGUCUCGGUAGCGUACCUAUUCCUCGUCUUCAACUUUUCAUUACUCUUAUCCAAACUCACAUUCCUCCUGGUGUCACGAUUACGUUUAAAGAGCACGAGAAGGCUGAUGAGGAUUAUCGAUAUAUACCAGAUAUUCUACUGAAGCAGAAACAAGAAGAGCUCAAAUCCUUAGAUGAUCCUAUCGUGCGCAGAAAUCUUGGAUGGGAAUAG